AUGCCGUCUUCUGGAACACCUCACACCUCCCGUUCCCGCCGGUCCCCCAUCUUGAUAGCCACCUCCUUAACUGUCCUCCUCCUGAGCGCCGCCGUUCUCCUCUCCAAGACCAUCUUCACCAACCCAACAACGUCCCCCAUCCAACAAGACUCUCCCAAGAUGGGCGGCGGACCAGUCACCCCCGGCUACCGCAGCGUAGCCUACUUCGUCAACUGGGCCAUCUACGGCCGCAAGCACCGCCCGCAAGACCUCCCCGUCCAGAACCUCACCCACAUCCUCUACGCCUUCGCCAACGUCCGCCCCGAGUCGGGAGAGGUCUACCUCACCGACACCUGGGCCGACACCGACAUCCACUGGGAAGGCGACUCCUGGAACGACUCGGGCACCAACCUCUACGGCUGCCUCAAGCAGCUCAACAUCCUCAAGUCCCGGAACCGCAAUCUCAAAGUCCUCUUGUCAAUCGGAGGAUGGACCUACUCCUCCAAUUUUAAACAGCCCGCCUCCACCCCGGAGGGCCGUGAGAAUUUCGCGCGCACCGCCGUUGACCUUCUCAAAAACAUGGGCUUCGACGGCCUAGACAUAGACUGGGAAUACCCCUCCUCCCAAACCGAAGCCUCCCACCUCGUCUCCCUCCUCUCCACCCUCCGCUCCCACCUCGACGCCUACUCCUCCACCCUCCCCUCCCGACCCCACUUCGAACUCACCGUCGCUUCUCCCGCCGGCUUCCAAAACCUCCAGAAUAUGGACCUCCCCGGAAUGGACAGGUACCUCGACUUUUGGAACCUGAUGGCCUACGACUACGCCGGAUCGUGGGACUCCACCGCCGGCCACCAGGCCAACCUCUUCCCCUCCCCUCACAACCCGCAGUCUACCCCUUUUAGCACCGACGCCGCGGUGAGCCAUUAUGUCAGUCAGGGUGUCCAUCCGGGCAAGAUCGUGCUGGGGAUGCCACUGUACGGGAGGGCCUUUCAGCAGACUGACGGCCCCGGCGGUCCCUACAGUGGUGUGGGCGAGGGGACGUGGGAGAAUGGUGUGCAUGAUUACAAGAAGUUGCCAUUGGAGGGGUCGGAGGAGAGGUAUGAUCAUGAGGCGGGCGCGAGCUACUGCUACCACCCCGGGACGAGGACCAUGGUGAGCUAUGAUACUGUUCCCUUGGCUAGAAGAAAGGCGCAGUAUGUCGUAGACAGGGGCUUGGGUGGUGGCAUGUGGUGGGAGAGUUCAGCUGAUAAGGAAGGGCCCGAAAGUCUGAUCGCCAACGUGGUUGACACCUUUGGUGGGCCAGGAGCGUUGCAGUACAAGGAGAACUGCGUCACCUAUCCGGAUACCAAGUACGAUAACUUGAGGAAUGGGCUGUAA